GCAAAAAAAAACCCUAGUUUACCUCACCUCCAUACAAAACUAUUAGCCAAAACAACACAGUUUCUCAAUUUCUUAUUUUCAUUUACUCGCUUCUCUUCUGCAUCAGUCAAUUUCAUGAUCCUUCUCUGGCUUGUAGUUCCCCUUUUGCCCAAAGACAAAGUAAAAGCAUGCAAGCAAUCCUCUGUCUUCUUUGCAGAUCAGAGCUUUAAAGACAACAUGGCUUCUUCUUAAAUGAGUCUGUGUGAGUAAGCAAAAAGAGUUCUUCCCUCUGCAACUCUCCAUAUCUGUGUCUCAUGGAAUCUGGUAACAGUGGUAGUAUGCAGUCUUCCAGUGGCGGCAGUGAAGAGUACGAUUCACGCGCCGCCGCUGACUCAAUCUCUGCUUUCUUGAACAAUACGACAUCCAUCCAAAAUCAACGGCAGCCACAGCAACCACCACCGCAACACCAGAAUCAUUCAUCUCCAUCCGUGUUUGACUCCCUAUACUUUGAUCCGUUAUCAAGAUCUCCACAAAUUUCAACAAACCCAAAUUCCCUCCUUAAUCUUGAUAUGGUUUGGUCGAAGAGUCUAAGAUCUGAGACUGAUCUAGGCGGGUUCAUGGCGGUCGCACCACCAACUCAGCAGUUGUUGACCAAUCAACCGGGCCAAAACAGGGGUGGAGGAGGUGGUGGUGUUUUCUCUUCUGUACACAUACCCCACGGAGUACCAGAAAAAGGUACAGUCUCAGGUUCAGUUUCGGGCACAGGUGACCAAAUUACCAACAGCAACCAAAACAUGGUUCGGAACCCAAAGAAGAGAUCCAGAGCUUCUAGGCGUGCACCCACAACGGUUUUGACCACAGAUACCACCAAUUUCCGAGCCAUGGUUCAGGAGUUUACUGGAAUCCCUGCACCACCCUUCACAUCCUCACCUUUUCCAAGAAGCAGGCUCGAUCUAUUUGGAACAGCAUCUUCCAUAAGAUCAACAGCCCAUUUGGACCCCUCACCUCCCUCUUAUCUUUUGAGACCAUUCGCUCAAAAAAUCCAACCAUCGCCAUUUGUUUCUUCUUCUUCUUCCACUUCCUCAAUGGUUGAUGCCAUAGCCGCUACAACCAGUGCUAACAACAAUGGUACUUCUAGUUCAACUUCCAUUAACUACCAACUUCCAUCCGAGUUAGCCCUCCUAAAACAGCCUCAGAAUCUUCUCCCAAACCCAGUUCUUAAUUUCCAGUCCCUCCUUCAGCACCCUCCGAAAUACCCACUUUCAAGUUCAGCCAUUCUUGGAACCAAACUCCAAGGAUCUCUUGACCUUCCAUCAAAUGACUCUCCCCUCAAAAUAGGUCUUCUUGAAGAGCUUGGGCUAAGCCAUGGCCAUAGUGGCACAACUCUUGGCGGGCUCCAAAACAUGGUAUCUUCCGUCGACGGGGCGCUUCCGAGGAGCGACAACAGCAACAACCACCCUAGCUGGGGAGACGGAGGACCAGGAUCCCAUGAAAAUCAUCAUGAUCAAGGUCUGUUAAAGUCCAUCAAUGGGAACGGGAAACUCAGCUUCUCCGGUCCAUCCUCGGAUUUCCACGGCAAUAAAGGGCCUGAAAAUGUGGCUGCAAGAAGCGAAGGAAUGGUGGAAUCCUGGAUAUGCUCCUCAGAUUAGGAAAAUCGAAUAUGGUGGAAAUCAUGGUGAGUAUAUCACAUGAUGCAUGAGAAAGAUCGAAUAUCUUUUGUUCUCCAUAUUAACCAUGACUUUUCAACAUAAUUAAAACACUGUUUUCUUCUUCUUCUUUAUUUUCUUUUUUUUUUUCUCUCUUUUAUUUAUAUGUAAAUAAUAAAUUCUACUAUUUUUUUUCUCUUUUAUCUGUCACAUUUAUUACAACAUUAUUAUCAGCAUCAUAUACACAAUACAUGGAUGAACCAUAUAUAUUUGUCCUUUAAUUUUUUUUCUUUGAAUUUUUAUGUAAUUCUAAAGAUAAUGUGAACGGGAUAAAGGAAGAGCAUGGAACCGUGUUCCUUCCUUCCUUCUUCCUCGUACUCUCUCUGUUUGCUUGAUUUUCAUGUUAUCU